AGUAGCAUGUGUGUCAGACCACUCCAAACAGAGAUCUCCAGUGAGACAUUCAGACUCCAUACCUGCUUCGAGCCUGAGGACUGAGUGUGUGUACCUGUUUGUGUGUCUGCAAGUGUGCAGUAUACACACAUCACAGAUCCUCCGGACAAGUGGUUGCAACUCGAUCGUUGUACUCACGAAGUCUGGAAUCGCUGCUUAAAUUACCAAUACCGAUCAGACAGAAAGGCAAAGUGCCAUGGGCUACCAGUUGAGCUGCCACCGGCCACAAUGUGACCUGGGACCCCGACACCUGAAGGGCAGAAAGCGGCAGAAAGGGCCACACCUCAACGCCACAUGCAGCUUUGCCCACAGCUUGGCAGCCUACCACCAGGUUAAUGUCAACACAGCCACAGAGGAAGAGCUGAUGACACUGCAAGGGAUUAACCGGACCCUGGCGCACAACAUCGUGCUUUACCGCCACAAGAUCGGGGGGUUCCGCAAAAUCGAGGACAUGGCUUUGGUGACUGGAGUGGGGGCCACGACACUUCAACUGAUUAGGCCAGAGAUCUGUGUGAGCAGCAGGGAGUCCUCCCAAUCCUUGGAAAAUCUGUCCAGUUUUGAUCUGCUGUCUUCCACCAAAUUGAACAUAAACAUUGCUCCAGAGAAGGAGCUCAUGGCGUCACUGGGAAUCACAGAGGAUCUUGCCUGUUGCAUCGUUUGUCACCGCACUGUGCAUGGGCCUUUCAAGCACAUCGAUGACUUACUUCAGGUGACCGGGAUGGACACACUCUUGUUGGGUACCAUCAGACCCAAACUCACUGUCACCCUCCCAAGACCUGUCUCCUCCUAUUCAUAUGUUCAGUUAGAGGACAGGCCCAAACAAAUCUUGUCUUACUACAGCCUACAGAACCUAAGCUUGAACUCCAGGGUUUGGGAUCAGCCCUCUUUAGCUCAGCCUGCAGCUGAGGCCUUCACCGGGAUUUUUGAUGGAAGACAGGUUGUCCGUAUUGGCACUUGGAACCUUCAGAACCUCACCUUGGACAAGGUCAACAAUCCAGGAGUGAGGGAAGUCAUCUGCUUGAUGCUGCUUGAAAAUGGCAUCAAGUUAUUGGCGAUACAGGAGGUACUUCAUGAAGAUGCUUUAGAUAAGAUAUGCCUGGAGCUUGAGAAACCCACAAUUGUUACAGUGCAAGAAUGGAAAGGGGACCGUGGCAGGUGGAAGUAUGUUGUGUUAGAUACCUCACUAGGACAAGGAAAACAGGAUGUAGAACGGGUGGCUUUCCUUUGGGACACUAACUCAGGCCUCAAGCUGGACCGGGCCGUCAACCUAGAGAAGCUGUUAGAGCAGGACAAUGGACACCAGCCAUAUAGUCAGCCUUUGCUAGGGCGUUUCAAGAUGGGUGUGCUCCCACUCAACCUCAUCAAUGUCCACCUAAAGGCCAAACAAGAUUCUGCAGUUGUGUCCAGUAUCGCACACAAAAGCUUGCAAAUGGACAUGCUCCGAACACACCUCGCAGACCAGAAGCAGCUUAUCAUUUUGGGGCACUUUGGUUUGCAGCCUGAUGCCAUUGAGUUCAAUAUAUUGAGAGAAAACCACUUUGAACAUUGUGUGCCCUGUGACAUAUUCACUAACAUCAGCUGCAAGAACAAGAAUGGUGACGUCACUCAGGACAACAUCUGGUGGAACCAGCAGCUUCAGACUGCUUACACAGGGAGAUGGGGAGUGGUUCGACAAGGUCUCAGCAGCCCCUGGAUUCCUGACGGUUGGACAUGGGGAGGAAUGGUAUCACACCACUGCCCAGUUUGGAUGGAGUUCUUCAUUGAUUAGAAACAAAACUGUUCUGCACUGAAUCUGCUUUAAGAAUGACAGAGAAAAUGGGCCACCAUGACUAUUUAAAACUGUUUGUUGUUUAGUCUGUUCCUAAUCCAAGAAGCUAAUUCAACAAUGGUGCAGGGUCAUUCACUGAAUAACUAGACCAGGUGAACCUUCAAAUUCAGACACUAGCAGAAGACCUUUAUUUACAGUAAAACUCGAGAGCCAUGUAUAACCCAAGAUCAUCGCAUCUCUCUGGAUAUGGAAGAUAUUGAAUUUGAAGCAUGUAUCAUUAUCUGGCUGAAAUCUAGUUGGAGGCUGACUAGAUCACAUCGUGAGAGCCUCAAAUUGGAUCAGACCUGGAUUCUACUUGUUCUGAAGAGUCGUAUGGACUUGAAAUAUUAACUGUUCUUCUCUUUCCUCAGAUGCUGCCAGACCUGCUGAGAUUCUGUUUUUGUUUCAGAUUUCCAGCAUCCGCAGUAUUUUAUUUUUAGCUUGGAUUCCACUUGUUGCUUUUAGGUUCCUGGGCAGGAAUGCUGAGUGAUCCGAUAGGAUCUCAUCAGCCCUUGGAUACCAGGUGUGGAAUCACAGCCCUGGUUCUUCCUAUCUCAGAGGUUACUAUAGGUUACUGAAUUUAACGGAUGACAAUAGGCUUUCCAAUUGACAUUCCAGAAUGUGGUGCAGAUUCGUCCAAUCUUGUCAGCCAUUCCUAUUUUUAACAAUGUCAUCAGUUCUUUAUCAAAGAAAAACGGAAACAAAAUAGCAUAGCCCAGAGUGCAUUCUGUGUCCUUGCUGCCCUCAGUGCUUCCUCCAAGUGGUGUUCAACAACACCCUUCAAGCGUCAUCACUGACCCAAAACAUUGACUGUUUUUUUCUCCAUAGAUGCUGCCUGAUCUGCUGAUUAAUUCCAGCAUUUUCUGUUUUUAUUUCAGAUUUCUAGCAGCUGCGUGUUUUGCUUUUAUUUUGUGUUGACACAAUUUUCUGGCUUUUCCUCCUCCCUGUUCAAAAAAUGAUUAGCCCAGUGCCUUUUUUUGAAGGAAGUGCACGUUUAAUUCUUCAGAUUCUUUGACUAAAUGGAAUAUUUAUUUUUCCCUCUUCUCCAGUGAAAACACUGUCUCAUGCUGUGUCACUGGAUCACAAACAUUGGCAGCUCUCUGGUACCCAACUCAAAUGGUCAUUCACCAUCAGCGAGCCUGACUAUGAAGGUGUGUUUGGGAUGGAUGGAGCCUGUAGACAUCAAAGCCUCACUUAACAUCCUCCAGAGGUUGCUGGAGAAUGACCAGGAUCAGGAACUCUGUCUGAUAGUCCAAGGGUACUAGGAUGAACAGUAGAAUCCAACGCCUGUGCUGACUAAGAUCAACAAACUCCAGACUGUCCCAGUGUGAACCAUGAUUGCAGCCUAGUUUACAUUGUUCAUGCCCUCCUGAGCAGUGUAUUUAUGGAUUGAGCCACUGGGGUUAGGCUCAACACCUUUUUAUAUGGGUGCAGAGAUGUCAACACAGCCUCAGUGAGACUGACAGACUACUUAAAAUGUUGAUCACACAGUUUAGUAGAGGGGAAUGGGGUACCUAUUGGCCAGGGUUCCUAAUGUUCACCAUAAAUCCACAACUGUAGCUGGAAGCACAACUACAGCCAUUGGCUGAGGACACAGCUGUGAUUUCCAGCCCCUCCAGUUCAAUAACUAAGAAUGUCUAGCCGGUGGAGGGUAAUGGUCUCUGGUUGUCUUCCAUCAAAUUGUGUCCAAGCAAGAACGCAACAUCCUCAAGGAAGGUGGAGGUUAGGGAGGAGGCAGGAAAUGGGGUGAGAAAAGAAAAAUAAAAGUCAAAACCAUACAAUGAGCAUUCCACUAUCUCACAGAAUGAAAACUAAACUCUUGCACUAUCUGAUCACAGAUUAAAAAGUCUAUUCAAUUAUUAACUUAAUAUAACUCAUUUGCACCUAUCAUAUUUUCUAAGUUAUUCAAAAGUUGUGCACUUGUUUAAAAACCGUGUUUGUUGUGUGACAGUUUGUUCUGUUAUUUAUUGCUUCUGUUUCUCUCGCCUGUGCUGGGAUUAAAAUCACCACAAAACUCGACAGUUUUCUAAAUUAAUUAAUUCUCUUGUUACUGCUUAAAACAUCACCUCUGCCAAACUUGUUGCUUGUUUUCGUCAUCAAUUAGUUCCCAGCAAUUUCUGAUACAUUCUUAGUUUUCCAACACUUGCAUUUUUCAAAGGGAUUUCUGGUGCAGUAAGCAUCUGGAAUAAUGGCGGUGUGCUCAAAAGGACAGAAACGGAUGAGGAAAAUGAUGUUUAGGAUUUAUAUAGUGCCUUUCAUGUCCCUGGGACAUGCCAGAGUGUUUUACAACCAAUAAAGUGCUUUAAAAAGUGUAGCCACUGAUGUAAUGUAGGAGCCCAUGCCAAUUAAUUUGCUCACAGCAAGUUCCCACAAGGAACAUCAUGAUAAAUGAGCAGAUCAUCUGUUAUUAGUGAUGUCCGUUCAGAGAUAAAUGUUGGCCGGCAAACCAGGGAGAAUUCUCCUGUUCAAUUAAUGUCAUGGGAUCUGUAUUGGACACUUGGGAAUAUUGAGGUAGCACCAAAGCAGAACCUACCCUUGCAAUCUCUAGCAUCCUGCUCGGCCACUGUGCUAGGAUUCUCUUGAGAAUCACUAGCAUCAGCAACAUUGUGUUGUGCCCAUUCUCCCUCUCCAGGAAUUGAAAUCAUAACAGGAAGCCCUACCUCAAGAUAUCAAUAAUGAAAGAUUGUUCUGACACAGAUCUUGGAGACUCUUUGAGAUAACUGACUAUAUUUUGUAUCCUCACUGCUGUAUGAGGGAUAGGUGAAAGUAAGCUGCCAUAUUUACAAGAAAAUGUCCACAGAAUCACAGCAGUAACCAGGAAUCUACAUUGACUCUUUUAAAAAUUGGAAUUAAAAAUUAACAAAUUAUCUGUAUUCUAUUUUCUGCUGUUCUUUCUUAUUUUCUCCUCAAGGUGUCAACAGGAAGCACACCUAGAUGAAAUAGGGGCCUAGGACUUACAUAUCAAAUAAAACCCCAUCUUUCCCAGCUAUAGGUUCGAACCCUAACCUCAGGGUAACCCCACUAUUUCAGCAGUGUGGCAUUCCCCACAAUGACUGGCCUUGUGGCCCCUUCUGAAAGUGGGCUAGCAAUUUAUGGACAAUUUAGUGCCUCUAACUCAUGCUCCCUGGGUGGAGCCUGUAGAAAACUCAUUUCAGAUGAAGG